AUGGCAACAGAAACCAAUGACGCAAAGACUGCUUCUUCUGAAACUCCAGCCGGCUCAACAGAGAGAACCCAUGACGUCUCUGACAUGGAGCAUGCGACCCCCAACGGAGAGCAAAGCGAGGAACAAGGCGAGGAGCAAGGCGAGACAAUCUUCCAAUUGACCGUCAAUCUUCCGCAUGAGCCUAAGAAGCUCCAGAUCAUGGUAGGUGUUUUUCUCCUGGCCACUCUGGGUACAUACUCACGCAUGCAGGUUGCUUCGCAAGAGGCUAUCCAUGAUGUGCGUCAAUCGGUGAUCGAGACCCCAGGAACGUUUCAGUACUCUUGCUUCCAUCUCGAGCACAAGGGACAACGAAUCAACGACUUCAUCCAGCUCUCAGAGGUUGAAGGCCUUACACCCGAAUCCGAGUUAACUCUGAUCGAGGAUCCCUAUACCGAGAAGGAGGCGCGACUACAUGUGGUUAGAGUUAGGGAACUUAUCGGGGCUGCUGGAGACCGAACUGACACCCUGUACGGAAUUCUAUCCGGGUUAUCCCUCCAUGACUCGGUCACUGCUGGUGAAACUCUCGCUGAAGGAGCUCCAAAUCCUACUCACCCGAUGGUAGACUACGACUUCCAGGCUCCUGGUCAACUUUCCACUCUGUUGCCCCAGCCCCAAGACCCGGCACCGAAGACACUGAAGUCUAUUUCCGUGUCUCAUUGGAACCCUCCACCAUACCAUCUUCGACAAAAGGGCCACUUGCUGUACCUUUCGGUAAUUACCAACGAAGGAGAGCAAUUCCAGAUUACCUCUCACGUUUCAGGCUUCUUCGUUAAUAAGUCUUCCAACGCAAAAUUCAAUCCGUUCCCCCGAGGCGCUCCCAAGGCUGCGUCAGCACAUUCGCUUCUGAACUUACUUGGUGAAAUCUCGCCCUCGUUCGAGGCAUCUUUUCAGAAGUUGCAGGAUUACAAUAAUUUGAAGGAACCACUUGGGAAUUUUCAAAUCACGAAUGCCACCCCUGCGAGCCCAUGGGUGGUCCCCAACUCGACAUCGCCUCUGGUUGCACACUGUGCGGAUAUUACACGAACACAGGAGAGCUACUUGGUUUCCGGUCUAGAAAAUACAGAGACACUGAGAGAUUGGAAUGAGGAGUUUCAAUCAACUCGCGAAUUGCCAAAAGAGACAGUUCAGGACCGCGUGUUCCGUGAGCGACUGACAUCUAAGCUUUUCGCUGACUACAACGAAGCAGCCGCUAGAGGUGCGAUUUUGGUUGCUAGAGGAGAAGUUGCUCCUCUCAACCCUACAGAGGGCAGAGAUGCCCAAAUCUUUGUUUAUAACAACGUUUUCUUUUCCUUUGGUGCUGACGGUGUUGGAACCUUUGCUUCGGAAGGUGGAGAUGAAGCUGCGAGAGUUGCCACAGGCAAAGAUGUUAUGGGUGUCCGAAUGGUCAACCAGUUGGAUAUUGACGGUCUUUUCACACCUGGAACGGUCGUGAUUGACUACAUGGGAAAGAGAUUGGUCGGUCAAAGCAUUGUCCCUGGAAUCUUCAAGCAACGCGAACCCGGAGAGAAUCAAAUCGACUACGGUGCGGUUGAUGGCAAGGAGGUUGUUGCCUCUGACGAACGAUUUGUCCCUGUUUUCGAAAAGCUCUCAAAGGCUUUAAGGGUCAAGAAGCAUGCGGUAUGGGACAAAGCCGGCAAGAAGCAUAUACUGGAGGGCAGUGUAGAAACCAAAGGCUUAUUGGGCACUGACGGCCGCAAGUAUGUGCUUGAUUUAUACAGAGUCACCCCUCUGGAUAUCUCGUGGAUGGAAGAAUACGGUACUGCGAUCAGCAGCCCUGAGCAAGUUAAUGGAGCCAGCAAGAGCGCAUACCCUCACAGAAUGACUGUACUCAGACCCGAACUCGUUGAGGCAUACUGGAAGUCGAAGAUGCGCGAAUGGGUAAACGGAGAACUGUCUAAGCGACGCGCCGCCCAACCAGAGAAUGCUAGCGCCGAGAAGAUUCAAGGCGGGGUCAGCGAGGAUGCCCCCAAGGAGGAGAAGGAGGCUUCUGAAGAUAAGGCUGUCGCGACAAAUGAUGGGUCUCUCGACUUGGACAAAGACAGGAUCGACAUCUCCGACUUCGUUUUCUCGCUGAAUCCCGAUACGUUCACUGGUCAGGUGCCCGAGACGGAGGAAGACAAGGAGGAACUAGCAAAGGAUGAGCAAGAAGUCAAGGCCGCAUGCGAAUUCCUUCGAAAUACCGUUCUCCCAGAACUCAUUACUGAUCUCAAGGAUGGUGAUGUCGGCUUUCCAAUGGAUGGUCAAUCAUUAAGCCGACUUUUGCACAAGCGCGGUAUCAACAUCAGAUACCUGGGUAAGCUUGCUGCACUUGCUGAGGGCAAGAGAUUAGAAUCUCUGAGAACAAUUACUAUCCAAGAGAUGAUUUCUAGAGCUUUCAAGCACGUUGCCAGCAAGUACUUAAGAUAUAUACCAAUCCCGCUCACCGCUUCUUGCAUCUCUCACCUCCUCAACUGCUUGCUGGGAUCUGGUCUGAACGCCAACCCCAAGGCAGAUAUCGAUGAGAGCAUGGCUACCCUCUACCCAGAGGCAGACCUUGCUUUCCAAAGGGUCAACCCACAGAGCUUGCGAGGAGAAAUCGAACUUGAGAUUCUCCGACGCUACCAAUACACGAUCGAAGGUACCUGGUCAGCUGAUAUCAAGCCAGUACAGCUCCUUCGCGAGGUUUCCCUGAAGCUUGGAUUGCAACUGGAGAUGAAGGACUAUCACUUCACUGUGCAACCUACUAAUGGCGACUUGGAACCUGCUAUGAAUGGACACGCGAAAGACAAUCUCCCCAAUGGAGAGAAGUCUAGCAGCAAGAAGAAGAAAAAGGCUCGCGAUGGAUCCCCAGUUUCCAUUGCCUCAACCAAGAACUCGACGCCCCACACUUUCAGCCCCGAUGACAUUCUCAAUAUCGUACCAGUUAUCAAGGAAGCAUCUCCUCGGAGCUCACUUGCGGAGGAGGCUCUUGAAGCUGGCCGUAUCUCAUUGAUGCAAGGCCAGAAGAAGCUCGGCCAAGACCUGCUCUUAGAAUCUCUCUCAUUACAUGAGCAGAUCUACGGCAUCCUUCACCCAGAGGUUGCUAGGGUGUACAACACUUUGUCACAACUUUAUUACCAGUUAGAAGAGAAGGAGGGCGCCGUUGAGCUCGCCCGCAAGGCUGUCAUUGUCUCCGAACGAACUCUUGGUGUUGACAAUGCCGAGACUCUCCUCAGCUACCUCAACCUCGGACUGUUUCUCCACAACAGCGGCGAGACUAAACAAGCGCUCGUGUACGUCAAGCAUGCUCUGGCACUCUGGAAGGUCAUUUACGGCACCAAUCAUCCCGACUCUAUCACCACUAUUAACAACGCUGCUGUCAUGCUCCAAAACAUCAAGGAGUACCACGAAUCCCGUGUCUGGUUCGAGGAAUCGCUCAAGGUUUGCGAGGGCGUAUACGGCAAAGAUUCCAUCAACGCUGCAACCCUCCUCUUCCAACUCGCCCAAGCAUUGGCCCUUGAACAAGACCCCAGACCUGCCGUGAACCGCAUGCGCGAAUCUUACAACAUCUUCCUCACUAUCCUUGGGCCCAACGACAAAAAUACCAAGGAGGCGGAAAGCUGGCUGGAGCAAUUGACCGUCAACGCCGUCUCGAUCGCCAAGCAUGCAAAGGAUGUUCAAGCUCGCCGCAUCCGUGCUGGCAUCAACCUCGGCCGAACUCAACCACAGCCUCAGGUCGGCCAAACGGCACAAGCCACAUCCGGUCGCGAUCCUCGAAAGGGACUUGAUUCCCGCAGCAUUGAUGAUCUUCUUAAGUUCAUAGAAGGCACAGACCAAAAGACCAGCACACCCAAGAAGCGUGCCGCACCAGGUCGCAGUAACCCAAAACGACGCGGUACAUCUAGCGCCGCUGUAUAA